AUGCUUUUUUUAUUGUUAGCCCUUCCUUUGGAUUUGUUAUUUAAUGCAGCCAAUUCUCUUCUUUAUUAUGAUAAUAAUGUACAACUUAUGCUUAUUUUACUUCAAGACACACUCCAAGUGCUAGCCAUUCUUGGAUUAGCCAUUCGCUUUUCCUCAACUUUUGUAUUCCAAGCAGGUCUUAUUGGACAUUUAUUGCGUAGAUUUAGUUGUUCUAUAAUUGUUGCAUUCCUUUAUUUGGCCUUAUCUAUAAUUUACCAUUUUUUCUCUUUAAAAGAAAAUUGGUUAUCUAAAGAAAAUACUAAAGAUAAAGAAUUCUUUGAUUGGAAAACACCAAAAACAUUUUUGUUUUUAUUGCAAAGGACGGUAGCAAUAUUCUACUACUUUUUCUAUAAAAAGACUGUACUGAUGCUUAGCGAUCCAAAAUAUCAUAGCGAAUCUGAAUGGUUGUUAAGUAAGAUUGGAAAACGUAUUGUGGUUAACUGA